AUGUCCCAGUCUGGGUCUCCGAGUUUCGCCAACGAUGGCCAAGACGAACCCUUGGCUGGCCAGGUCGCCUCCCUCACAUCUACCAACAACUUCAUCAAUUUCUGCGCAGGCCAGACGAUCCAUCAGGGUGUUCAGAACAGUACCGGGACGUGCAAUCCUGCUCCCAUGGGCAUGCUCGUCGCCUCGGACGUCAUCCCGACCAGCAAGUUCGUCUUCCCCAAGCACAACUCGACCAUCCCGUCCAACGGCACCUUCACCGUCCGACUCGCGGUCGCGAACCUCAACACCGGCAACUUCGCGAACGAAGACGAGAACUUUCUGUCGGCGCCACAGCAGGUCAACGGCGAAGGUGCGGUGUUAGGGCACGCGACGAUCGUCAUCGAAGCGUUGGACUCGCUGGGGCAGACGACACCCACCGAUCCGCGGCUUUUCGCGUUUUGGAGGACGCUCUCGGCCCAGAGGAGCGGGGAUGAGCUAAGCGGGGACGUGACGAACGGCCUGCCUGCCGGAUUUUACAGACUAUCGUCGGUCAUCAUCGCUAGCAACUAUCAACCGGUUCUCGUGAGCAUCGAGCAACAUGGCGCGAUCAACGAUGCUAUAUACUUCACUGUAUCAGAUACAGCCAACACGACAACAUCUUCCGCGCCACCGACACAUACCUCCACAUCGUCAUCCUCCCCGUCCAGACCAGCGCAAACCGGGGCAUCUAGAAACCACCACAACAAUCGUACCAAUAUGGCCGCGAUCAGUGGCGGGGUAGCGGGUUCAAUCGUCUUUUUGGGCAUCAUCAUUGGAAUUCUCCUCGGAAGACGCCAAUGGCGACGACGUCGUUCAUACCGGAGAAAGCUUGCCCUCGACCUCAUGGCAGAGUCCCCUGGUUCCUCUUCGGCCAACAUAGAGUUGCCUAUGACCGCCAUUGAGCCAUUUCGGGAUGCUGGGGGCGUGCAGGGUUCCUCUUCAACGGUGCAGUUGGUCCGGAAGAGCAACAGGACGCAAUCGUCUCCUGCGGUCAACGAUGCAUCAGGAGCUGGUACCUCAGAAUUACCACCUCCGGCCUAUAGCCAGAUCGUCGAAGAAGCACGACAUAUCGUUGAAGGCGCGCAAGAAUCGCGACCCCCACCUGUACCACGGAAGAACCGUGUCCGACCCGCUCCAUAACAUUACAGACAUCGUUUGGAUCCGGCAUCUCUCGGGAUGGAGACGCUCUAUACCAC